AAUCAUAGUUUUGAAGCUAUCAUUGCUAGAGUUGUUGCUAGAAUUGUUGUUGAAGCUAUUGCUAAAGUUGUUGUUAAAAUUAUUAUUGGAUCUAUUACAGAAGCUAUUGUAGAAGAUUUAUUAGAAGUUUUAUUAGAAGUUUUAUUAGAAGUUUUAUUAGAAGUUUUGUUAGAAGUUUUGUUAAAAGUUUUGUUAGA